AUGGCAAUAGAUGACAAUAAACUAUGUUUUAACCCUCUAACCGUCAAGGCUGCUUUUAGGCGGGUAAAUGUUGGAUUAUAUGCACGUAAUGAUGCCAAUAUUUAUAAACCUUAUUUAGUUAAUUUCACCUCAAAUGUAUGCAAAUUUAUGGAUAAAAAAGCAUCCGGACUUUAUUUAAAUUCUUUUAUGAAUAUUUUAAAAACCUUUUCCAAUGUUAAUCAUUCAUGUCCUUUUAAGGGUUAUUUAAUUGCGAAUAAUCUAAGCCUGGAUGUAAAACAUAUGCCACUACCACCAUUACCUUUAAAUUCAUAUAAAUUGUUAUUAAUAUUUUAUGAAGGUUAUCCCUUGGACUAUAUGGGAACGGUGUCACUAUAUACAGAUUUGAUUAACAGUAAAAAAUAA